AAAGAUAGAGAGAGAGAGAGAGAGAGAGAGAGGACGGGAAGAGGAGAGAGAAGAUGGGGGGGCACUUUACUACUUUUUUAUGUUGCACGCAUCCAUGGCAGAAAACAGAACAGAAGACAAGAGUAUUACUACUACAAGCACAAGAGGAGGAGGAGAAGAGAAGAACAAGAGAACCACAACCAAACCACUUCCAAGAAGAAGAAGAAGAAGAAGAAGAAGAAAUAUUUUAUAUACUAGCAAAGAAAGAGAUACAUAUAUAUACACACAUGUAUAUGUAUAUGUAUAUGCAGAAGAAGAGAAAGAGAAAUUUCAUGUGGGUGGUGGUGAAGUGGGUUUCUUGAAUUUCUUGCAUUCAACAAGUGUUUUUGGGUCAUAAUAAACUAUUUCUCUUUUGUCUGUUUUUGUUUUCUGUGUUUUCAAAACUAGGGGUAAAGAGAGAGAGAUUGAAAGUAUUGUGUGGAUCUCUGUUUCAUGAAGGGAUGCCCUUACCCUUUGAUUUUCAGGGGAAGGGGUUAUUAGAUUCUUCUUCUUCUUCAUAUUCUUGUUCUUCAUUGCCUCCAUUUUCAAAUCCAUUGUUGAAAUACAAAGAAAGUUGCUUUCUUGGUAGUGAGCCUACCUCUGUCCUGGAUACCAUCGGAAGCCCAAGCCCUCCUACUUCAACCUCAACCCUGUCUUCUUCUUUGGGCGGCGGCGGUGGUGGCGGCGGUGUGGCGGCGGUUUCAGGAAACUCAUCUCACAAAUGGCCUCCAAACUCGAAUGUUGGAGUUGAAUCAGCCUCACUGGAGAUAACCACCACCGCCGGCGCCGCCGUGACGGCGGAGAAAUGUGGGCUUGGGAUGGAGGAUUGGGAGAGCUUGUUGUCCGAGUCUGCGGCGGCGUCACCGAGUCAAGAGCAAUCUGUUAUCCGGUGGAUCAUGGGUGAUGUGGAUGACCCUUCAAUGGGUCUAAACAAGUUGUUGCAGAGCGGCGGCGGCGGUGCUCAGCCGCCGGAGUUUGAAUUCCAUGGCGGUUUUGGGGUUGUAGAUCAAGGUUUUGGGUUAGACAUGGUUUCAAGUGUUGGGAAUUUUAUGGGCUCUAUUAACCCCUCUUUACCCACGUCAGGGUUUUCUCAGGAAAAACUCUCUCUCCCCCCAAACACACCAAUUCUCACAAAUUGCAAGCUUCCAAACCCUCAAAACCCUAAUCUUUUCUCCCCCGGUCUCUUCAACCCACCACAGCAAUGUCAACAACAGCAGCCACCACUUGAAUGCUCAGAUGUGAAGCCUCAGAUUUUCAAUCCACCAUUGCUAAUCAAUCACCACCAAGCUCACCAUACCCAAAACCCAUCUUUUUUCUUGCCAUUUCCACACACCCACCAAGAGCACCACCUCAUGCCGCCGCAGAAAAGGCACAACCCUGGUGGCGGCGGCCUCGAACAGAUCUCAAAGGGUCCGUUUUCGGAUUCAAUGCUUCAUCAACAACCUCAAGGACUCUCUCACCAGCUUCAAUUGCUUCCAAAUUAUCUUCAACAGAGACCAACAAUGUCAAUGAAGCCGAAAUUCGAAGCAGCCGAUGAAAUGGGUCAACAACAACAGGGCAUAAUCGACCAGCUAUUCAAGGCCGCAGAGCUGGUUCAGACCGGUAAUUCGGUUCUCGCGCAAUCGAUAUUGGCGCGGCUCAAUCACCAGCUCUCUGCAAUUGGUAAGCCUUUUCACAGAGCUGCUUUUCUCUGUAAAGAGGCUCUGCAAUUGCUCAUCACCAAUCCCUCGGCGGCCAAUUCGCCAUUUAAUCUAAUCUUUAAGAUUGCUGCUUACAAAUCUUUCUCAGAAAUCUCACCACUUUUGCAAUUUGCAAAUUUUACUUGUAACCAAGCACUCCUUGAAGCUUUAGAUGGGUUUGAUCGAAUUCAUAUCGUAGAUUUCGAUAUUGGUUAUGGUGGGCAAUGGGCUUCUCUGAUGCAAGAGCUUGCCUUGAGAAGCACCGGAGCUCCAUCGUUGAAAAUCACUGCAUUUGCAUCUCCCUCAACCCAUGACCAGCUCGAGCUCGGGCUCACUAGAGAGAAUUUGAAUCACUUUGCUAGUGAAAUUAACAUGGCGUUUGAAUUCGAUAUUUUAAGCCUUGAUUCAUUGCACUCUGCUUCUUCAUGGUCUCUGCCAAUUCAUGUCUCUGAAAAUGAAGCAAUUGCAGUGAAUCUCCCAAUAGGUUCAUUUUCUAAUUACCAAUUGUCCCUCCCUUUGAUUGUUCGCUUUGUGAAGCAAUUAUCCCCCAAAAUUGUUGUCUCUGUGGAUAGAGGAUGUGAUCGAACCGACCUCCCAUUCCCAAACCAUGUAAUUCAUGCCCUGCAAUCAUACUCAAACCUGCUUGAAUCUCUUGAUGCUGUGAAUGUGAACCUAGAUGCCAUGCAAAAGAUUGAGAGGUUCUUGCUCCAACCGGGUAUUGAAAAAAUUGUAAUGGGUCGAUACCGUUCCCCUGAGAAGACACUGCAUUGGAGGACCCUUUUUUUGUCAUCUGGGUUCUCCCCAUUAACGUUCAGUAACUUCACGGAAUCACAGGCUGAGUGUGUGGUGAAGAGGACUCCGGUUAGGGGAUUCCAUGUCGAGAAGAGGCAGUCUUCUCUCCUUCUGUGCUGGCAGCAAAAGGAGCUCAUCUCAGCGUCAGCAUGGAGGUGCUGAGGAGUGGAGGUGUCUUGGAUCACGAAAUUCAUCCCUGUGGUCGAGAAGUUGCCUCAUAAGUUAUGACUUACUGCUUUAGUAUCUGAUAUUUUUGAAUCUUCUUGCCUGUGAUUUCACUCUGCUAAUUGUCAUUGUGGUUUUAGGCAGAUUGUUUAGGAAAAAAAUAAAAAAAAGAAAAAAAGAAAAAAAAGAAAAGAAAAAGAACCAGACAUUUUAUUAUCUGGAUGAUUUAGUAUAGUUCUCUUUCUUUCAUCUGUUAUAUUCAAUGUGGCUAUUACUAUUAUGGUGUUUUCAUGCUGUUGUGGAAGGAACAAGGCAAGACCGGUAAUGGAAGAAAAAAAUUGAAGAAUUUAACCCUUUAAUUGAUA